AAAGGGACCCUGGCUCCUUGCGCAUGCGCGAUCAAGAUGGCGACCGUGCAGAGCAGCGAAGAAGUGUACCUCGGCUUUGACUUCAGCACUCAACAGCUCAAAGUGGUGGCCAUCAAUGAGCAGCUGGAAGUGAUCCACCAGGACAAUGUCCACUUUGACUCUCAGCUUGCACACUUCAGGACUGACGGGGGUGUCCAUGUUGCUGCUGACGGCUUAAGGGUCACGUCUCCUGUUCUCAUGUGGGUCAAGGCGUUGGACCUCCUCUUGGACAAGAUGCAGAAGGCGGGCUUUGACUUCUCCAGCGUGCGGGCGUUGUCCGGCAGCGGUCAGCAACACGGCAGCGUCUACUGGAAGACUGGGGCGUCUCGGACCCUCGAGCAGCUGGACCCUGCCUUCAGCCUUCACCAACAGCUACAGAUGUCAUGUGAUGUCUUCCAGGACAGUUUUUCUGUAGACAACUCUCCGGUGUGGAUGGACUCCAGCACUGGGCUGCAGUGUGAACGUCUGCAGGAGGCAGUAGGGGGCGCUGCGAGGCUGGCUGACAUCACAGGGUCCAGGGCCUAUGAGCGUUUCACAGGAAAUCAGAUCGCCAAAAUGCAUCAAGAGCAACCGCGAAACUUCCAAGACACUGAGAGGAUCUCCCUGGUCAGCAGCUUUGCAGCAUCACUCUUCCUGGGUGGUUACGCCGCCAUCGACUACAGCGACGGUUCUGGAAUGAACCUUCUGGACAUCAGGACCAAAAAAUGGUCUGAUAUCUGUCUGGAGGCCACCGCUCCAAACCUGGACCGCCUGCUUGGAACGCCUCUUCCCUCCGUGUCAGUGCUGGGUCCGGUCUCCUCUUACUGGGUGCGCAGGUUUGGUUUUCCCGACUCGUGUAAGGUGGUGGCCUUCACUGGAGACAACCCAGCGUCGUUGGCGGGAAUGCGACUCCAGCAAGGAGACAUUGCUGUAAGCCUGGGCACCAGCGACACAGUGUUUGUGUGGCUCCAGCAUCCUCGCCCCGCCCUUGAGGGUCACGUGUUGGUCAACCCUGUUGACUGGCAGCAGUUCAUGGCUUUGUUGUGCUUCAAGAACGGAUCUUUGACCAGAGAGCGUGUGAGGAACCGCUGUGCUGAAGGAUCCUGGGAGGUCUUCUCAGCUGCCCUGAGAGAAACUCCUCUGGGAAAUGACGGCUACAUCGGCUUUUUCUUUGACGUGCUUGAGAUCAUGCCCCGCGCUGUUGGGAUUCAUCUCUUUGACGCAGACAACAACAAGGUGUCCACAGUGAGUGCUCAGGCGGAGGUGCGGGCGCUGGUGGAGGGUCAGUUCCUGUCACGUAGGCUCCAUGCUGAGCUCCUCGGUUACUCCAUCAUUCCAGGAAGUAGAGUUUUGGCAACGGGGGGUGCCUCGUGUAACAAAGACAUCCUGCAGGUGUUGUCUGAUGUCUUCAACGCGCCGGUGUACACAAUUGAUGUGUCCAACUCGGCCUGUCUUGGCUCCGCCUACAGAGCAAUGCACGGGCUGCUCGACAAAUCAGGUGUUUCCUUCUUUGAUGUGCUGAAGAAAGCUCCGGAAGCACGACUUGUUGCCACACCGCAGCCUACUGCACAACAGGUGUACAACCACAUGCUGAAACGCUUCGCCCAAUUGGAGAAGAGAGUAUUGCAGGAACCCCACCCUUAAGACACACCUGCGAAUCAAAUUGGACAACAUGAAUACAGACAGCUUUUCUCACUCUUUAUGCUUUAAGGAAAACACCAGAGAGCAGACCUGCCCUCAGAGGAGUGCAUUAGACAACAAUGGCCUGGAAAACAUGGCCGAGGAAGGCCUCAUUCACAGCUGCCACACCUUCAGUCCCCUGCGCCCCCAAACAAAAGCCCCAUGCUGCAUUUCCAUCCAAUUUCCACUGCAGAACGUGUUCAUUUUCAGCCUAAUGGCAUGUCAUUUUGCUGCGGUCCUUGGUCAAGAAUUAAUCCUAGAAUCAAAACAGAUUUUCCGGGCAGCAAUCUUCCAUCAAGUAUUGAUUGAUUUUUUCUUUUUACACUGGCCGAGCCUGUACUCCCUAAUUUAAGCUGACAGGCAGUAGCACAAUGGAGCACCUUGGCAUCUCUCUCAGAUGUACACAACAUGGAACACACACCCAUCUAUCUGAUUUAGCUCUAAUUAUCUCUUUGGACUGACCUGGCCAGGUGUGGACAUCAUCAGCCAUCAUUACUGGCCUGUUGACACGUUACUGCUAUGUUUGAGUGAUUCUCUCCCUGCAGCCAUUUUACACAAGAAGAGGGUUUCAUCACUGAGGCCCUUACUUAUGAGCAGAGAUGUGUCCGAACGUGUCAUCUCUCCCUCUACUCCUGAUGCCCUCACCUAUGCAAUCAUCAUGCAUGGAGAGGAUGAUGGAUGCCGGCUUGUUUUCCUCUCACUCUUGAAGCUGCCAUGACCCCCACACACUUUACCAUCAGACUAUUUUACUUAAUUAUUCAUCUUUGCUCAAGAGGAGUUCAAUAUUAAGUUAGGAAGACAUAUUUUACAGCGGAUCAUCAGAACUCAUAACAGAAUUUUCCACCUGAGAAUUGAUGCAAAUAGUUUUAAUCUGUUCCAGGGUCAAACUUUUCAAUAAUGCAUUUAAAGUGACCUUUUAGCAUUUUAAUAGUGUUGCAUGAUAGUCAUUCGAUAAAUUAGGCCUAAUUUCAAUCGCCAUAUUGUGUUAACGCAUGCAUAUGUGACCGCAAAAUUGUCAAGCAGCAACAAACGCGUCCUCGCUCGCACGAUGCGCAGCUGCUUCAAUGUUCUCACGGGAAGGAUAGCUAAACAUGCAACACUACAUACCUUAGGACAGGGGUCGGCAACCCGCGGCUCCGGAGCCGCAUUGAUCACUCUGAUGUGGCUCAGCUGCAUACUUGCCGACCCCCCGAUUUUCCCGGGAGACUUCCGGAUUUCAGUGCCUCUCGCAGAAAUCUCCCGGGAUUAAUAUUCUCCGAUUUUCACCCUUACAAUAAUAAUAAGGGCAUGCCAUGAUGGUACAGCAUUUAGCGCCCUCUACAAUCUGUAUAAACAGCGUGCCAGCCCAGCCU